AACUCUAUUGCAAAACAAAACAUAUUUCCAGGAAUGCGAAACAAACAUUGUGUAGCUGAAUGCCAGCAAUAUCUGAAAGAUCAGCCUGCAUCUAACAAGACUUUGUGUGGGUUAAAUGCAGAACUUCGAGGCAGACAUCAAAAAAUAAUUUCCUAUUGUUUCUUUGGAAACUUGAAAUCUGUAUACUAUGACGGUAUUCAGGACAACCUCAAAUCUUUAGAUAAAUAUUAUCCUGGUUGGAUUAUGAGACUUUACCUGGAUCCAACCAAGCUGGAUAACAAUGCUUCAAAUAAUCUUUGUACCCUAUCUUGUGACACUAACAG